AUGUUUGAUGAGUCCGCAUUCGACGUCGACGACGGUACUGGCUACUCACCAGCACCGAGUCCAUCCAUGUCUGCAGUCAGCGCUGUACCAUCUCUGUUCUACGGUACUUCUUCACCCAGCUCAUCUCUUUGCCCUUCCCCCAGCGUUCUGCCCAGCAAUCUCACCAGCCCAGCGAUUCCCUCAAUCUCACUCCCCCCAACCAGCUCCACCGGCAGCAGCAAGGCGCUAAACGACGAGAUUAGAUUCACCCGCAAGCCUUCCGUUCAAAAUGCGCCGAUGCCCACCACCUUCUCCACUGCGACUCCUUACCAGUCCUACCAAUCGAGGAGAAGGAGCUAUCCUGUAAUAAGGCAGUCGCAGUUUAGUGGUGGUGGUUGUGGGGGCUUUGUUUCCAGCUCCUCGGGCACUUAUAAACCCACGGACCAUCCGGCCGAACGUGGCGACGUUGCAGGCACAAUCCACCCGCCACACUCUCACUCAUCCGCCAUCGAUAAUCUCAAAAAGCAAAACCACAGGCACACCAAUCCCUCCACCUCCCCCGUUAGCAUGAGUAUGAGCUUGAGCUUGAGUACCAGUCAGACUCCCAUUUCUAGCUUCUUGAAUGGCUGUUUCGGUGAUGGCAGUCCGACGCAGUCUUCCACUAACCACCAAACACACAAUCGCACAAGAAGCAAAUCUCAUGGUAAUUCGCAGGCUAUGUAUAGCAGUGGUCGUGUGGGCAAUGUGAGGGGUAAUAGAUGGCAUAGGGACGAUGGGCAGAGUGAGCAAGCGACGGACACUGAUCUUACCGAUCGCCGAGGCAGAUCAGCUACACGGAGUAGCUCGCGCGAUGACCACAGCGAUUCGAGGAGAUUAUCUCGCCUCAGCCCCAAUCCAACCAGAUCAGCGAGGUCAAAGUCAAAGUCAAAAUCAAAGUCAAAAUCCUCCCACUCAUCGCGAUCAUCGCAGUCUUGCAUCAGGACUCUUCCUCCUCUCAAACAGGAGCAGAGCGAUGACACUAUUGGGCCGGGUUGCGAGGAGUGGGCUGAUUGGUCGUGGGACCAGCAUCACACCAACAAAUUAGCUAUAUCUACCCAGCAUCAUCGCAGCGAUCGUCAUCGUGAUAGCCUGGAGCAUGACUAUUUCGAUCUGGAGGCAACACCCAAACUUGAAAAGAAGCAGGUGAUAGGAAUGGGUGAGUGA